AAAGUUAGUGAAGAACUUCCAGCCGAAGAAGAGAGAUGAAGAUGAAUACCAGUUCACGUGGUCCCGGGCGUUCGUGGACAUGCUCAAGGAGGUCUACGACAUGGCCUCCCAGCACGAGGUGGUGGCCGAGAACCUCACGGGGACGGUCAGCCGGAACCUGCAGGACCUGGUCACAGAGACCAAGACUGACCGCAAGAAGUAUUUGCAAGAUGGAGCCCGGUUGCAAGAACAGCUGCGUCAAUCUAGUCAGACAUUGGAUAAGGCAAAACGUAAAUACGAAAAGGCUCAUUAUGAUUCAGAGAGGUCACUCGACAACUACAGAAAAGCAGACGCUGACAUCAACUUGUCUCGAGCUGAAGUGGAAAAGCAUCGCGUGGUAAUGAACGGCAAGGUACAACAGUGCGAAGAGUGUAAGAACGAGUACGCAGCCCAGCUCCAGACCCACAACAACCACCAGACAGAAUUCUACUCACAGACCAUGCCACAAGUGUUCCAGCAAUUACAAGACAUGGACGAACGUCGGAUACACAAACUCCAAGAGUGUGUGCUGCAGUGUGCUGAAAUCGAGAAGAACGUGGUCCCCAUCAUCAACACCUGUAUAGAGGGCAUCGCCAAGGCCGCCGGCAGCAUCAACACAGCAGCUGACAGUAAACUGGUUAUAGAACGGUACAAGUCUGGCUUUGCCAUGCCUGAAGACGUGCCAUUCGAGGAUCUAAGCACAGGCCAGUCCAUAGAACCCUCCAACAACCAGACCCCACGCAUCCCGGCGCCAGCCAACUCGGUGAAGAAUGCCACCGUCAGCGGGGGCAAGGGCAAGAAGAGGGGAGGCCUUUUCGGCAUCUUUGGCUCAUCCAAGGCGUCUGUUGCUCGUAAGAAUUCAAAACUUAGGGGCAAAGUGAGUACCCCCGUGAAAGUGGAUGAGCAGAAGGAGGACUUCAGCGACUUGCCCCCCAACCAGAGGAGGAGGAAACUACAGCAGAAGAUUGACAGCAUUAAAAAGGAGAUGGCCAAGGAGCACUCGGAAAGGGAAGGUAUUCUCAAGUUAAAGGAUGUGUAUGCCGGCAAUCCUGCACUUGGCGAUCCCAGCACGCUGGAUAAAAAGAUCGAGGAAAACUCGCAGAAACUGGACGGACUGCGACAAGAGUUGCUCAAAUAUGAGGGUUACAUGGCGGAGGCUGAGGGCAAAGUUUCUCGGCGACACAGCGCCUCAGAAGACAGUCGAUCGUUGAGCACGUCCGGCAGUGGGGACACCCAGCACACACAGCAGGUGUCGGCCCCGGGCACGCCACAAGUUCAGCAUAAUGUCUACCAGCCAAUUGAUGGUGACGAAGACGGUGAAGACGAGUUCGACAUCUUCCCUGUGAUUGGUCACUGCAGAGCUCUCUAUCCUUUUGAAGCCGUGAACGAGGGCUCGGUGCCGAUGGGCGAGAACGAGGAGAUGCAGAUCCUGGAGCAGGACCAGGGUGACGGCUGGACGCGUGUCCGGAAGGGAGACGGAAGCGAAGGGUUCGUGCCCACUUCCUACAUCGAGUGCCACUACUACGACGCAGACCAGGUGUAGGCCUGGACCAGGGGAUUAGGAUGGCAAGUGAGAAUGGAGGGUUGGGGGGGGGGGUGCAAUUCUUCAGCUACAGCAAGGGAAGCCGGGAAGGGGAACACUCACUUUGUGGCGUCUGUUCCACAUCUUGUGUUUUGGAUGAGAGAGAUUGGGUGCUUUGAUUGGUGGUGGAUGGACGAGGGGAUGAUGGGCUCAGAGGAAGGGGCUGGGGAGGGGUGUGGUGGAUUUUGAGCCAAGAAUUUUUUGUGAUCCUGGGUUACGGAAGUAGAAAUUCACGGAGGAAAGCAGCCAAAUAUUUAUUAUUUUGUCCUCGGAUGUUUAGAUGAGUUGUACCAUCAGUGGUGAUGGUGGACCGUUGCAAGUGUCUGUUCUGAGUGGACAAAAUAGAUGUGUGAGAUGUGUGUCUGUGACCGUGGACUGGACACUUUGGCAUUGUGUUGAUGAAUGCCAUGGGGUUCAUG